AUGUUAGGUGCACUUUUUCAUUACGUUAAGAAAUGUCCGCAAGUUAUGUUGAUGCCGGUGCGGACAAGUAUCUAUACAAAUGUCACUGCACAAGAUCUAUGGAAAACUAUCACUUCCGUAAGUAAUGCUGGUGCCAAGCGAGGUCGUGCCAAACGUCGUGGUGCUACCAAAUUUAAAGAUCUAAAUCUUGGUCAACGCAUUGGUCAAGGAAAAUCGAAUAUCCAAUGGCCUGGUUUAAAUGCUCCCGUGGUACAAGGACGCGAACCUGUUCCUAUCGUAGAAAGACCACCGGAUCCAAUGCGUGAACAGCGUCUAUUAGAAGUGCGUAAUCGUCUUGAUCGUUUUCGUCGUUUAUCAAUUCCGCCAAGUGAGCGAGGUUUUACCGGUGGUAGUCCAGCCGGAAAGAGUCUUGGUCAACCUGAAUCAAUCAAUGAAAUAACUUUUGAAAAUUUUGACUCUCGUCUCAUCGAAUUCAAAACUUUACAACGCACAAUUGGAAAAAUUGGCCGAAAAAAAUACACAUCCGCUUUUGUCGCCGUUGGUAAUGGCCAAGGUCUUGUUGGUUAUGGUAAAGCAUUGACUCAAGACGCUCAACAAUGUUUACAGAAGGCGAAGACCGUUGCAGCUCGACAAUUACUUUAUGUUCCAAUUUGUGAUGGACAUACUAUUUUUCAUGACUUUUAUGAAGCAUAUUAUUUUACAAAAGUCCGUUGUGAAAAACGACCACCAGGUUAUGGUCUUCGAUGCCAUCGUAUCAUCGCUUUGCUCUGCAGAUUAAUUGGUAUCAAAGAUAUGUAUGCAAAAAUCGAUGGCGCUAUUAACCCGCAAAAUAUUACCAAAGCUUUUCUUCGUGGUUUAUUAAAACAAAAAACCUAUCAAGACUGGGCAAAUGCUAAGCAACUGCAUUUGGUUGAAUAUCGUCCGGAAAAUGAUUAUUUUCCACGUUUAUUAGCAAGUCCGAAUAAUGGUCAACCAGCUCGAACAUCGCUAGAAAUCGAUCCUGACGAGGAUUUAGAUUUUGAACGUCUUUGUUUCGAAGGACGAACUCUAGAUAAACGACAAUCAGCUGAACAACAAGAACCAUGGUACGCAACAAAAGAUAAAACACGUCAUGGAUGGUACAAAUAUUUGAGACGGCGACACUGGGAAACAGUUCAAGAAAAUGCAACUGUAGAACGAUUGGCACACACAUAUACAGUCAACAACACAAAAAGAAACAACAUGCAAAUCUUCGUAAAAACGCUCACAGGCAAAACAAUUACUCUCGAAGUCGAACCUUCGGAUACAAUUGAAAAUGUAAAAGCAAAAAUCCAAGAUAAAGAAGGUAUUCCACCCGAUCAACAACGUUUGAUCUUUGCUGGUAAACAAUUGGAAGAUGGUCGUACAUUGUCCGACUAUAACAUCCAAAAGGAAUCAACCCUCCACUUGGUCCUUCGUCUCCGUGGUGGUAUGCAAAUCUUCGUUAAAACUCUAACUGGUAAAACCAUCACCCUCGAAGUCGAACCUUCGGAUACAAUCGAAAACGUUAAGGCCAAAAUUCAAGACAAGGAAGGAAUUCCCCCAGAUCAACAACGUUUGAUCUUCGCUGGCAAACAAUUGGAAGAUGGCCGCACACUCUCGGAUUACAACAUUCAAAAGGAAUCAACACUUCAUUUGGUUCUUCGUCUCCGUGGUGGUAUGCAAAUCUUCGUCAAGACCCUCACCGGAAAAACAAUUACUCUCGAAGUCGAACCUUCGGAUACAAUCGAAAACGUUAAGGCCAAAAUUCAAGACAAGGAAGGUAUUCCCCCAGAUCAACAACGUUUGAUCUUUGCUGGUAAACAAUUGGAAGAUGGUCGUACAUUGUCCGACUACAACAUUCAAAAGGAAUCAACCCUUCACUUGGUCCUUCGUCUCCGUGGUGGUAUGCAAAUCUUCGUCAAGACCCUCACCGGAAAAACAAUCACUCUCGAAGUCGAACCAUCAGACACAAUUGAAAACGUCAAAGCUAAGAUUCAAGACAAGGAAGGUAUUCCUCCAGAUCAACAACGUUUGAUCUUCGCCGGCAAACAAUUGGAAGAUGGUCGUACAUUGUCCGACUACAACAUUCAAAAGGAAUCAACCCUUCACUUAGUUCUUCGUCUCCGUGGUGGUAUGCAAAUCUUCGUCAAGACCCUCACCGGAAAAACAAUUACUCUCGAAGUCGAACCUUCGGAUACAAUCGAAAAUGUUAAAGCUAAGAUUCAAGACAAGGAAGGAAUUCCCCCAGAUCAACAACGUUUGAUCUUCGCUGGUAAACAAUUGGAAGAUGGCCGCACACUCUCGGAUUACAACAUCCAAAAAGAGUCAACACUCCAUUUAGUUCUUCGUCUUCGUGGUGGCCAAUAA